CACCGGUCCGCUCUGGUCCACCCCGUCCCCAACUCGCCUCCCAUUCCCCGCACGGCACCCGGCCCUCAUCGAGCAGCGAGAUGGCUCCGCCGCCGCCGCCGCUGAUGGACGACCUCGUCGGCGAGAUCCUCCUCCGCCUCCCGCCGGAAGAGCCCGCGAACCUCUUCCGCGCUACCCUCGUGUGCAAGCCCUGGUUCCGGAUCCUGUCCGACCCCGCCUUCCGUCGCCGGUACCGCUUGUUCCACCGGACGCCGCCCAUGCUCGGCAUCUUCCAGAACCUGCGCCACGACAACACCAUCCCCCGCUUCGUCCCCACCGCCGCCACCGUUUCCCCCUGCUCCCCGCCGUCGCUCGACUGCUGGUUCUGGUGGGCGCUCGACUGCCGCCACGGCCGCGUGCUGAUCUACUCCAUCGGGCCCACAAACCUCUUCGUCUGGGACCCCAUCACCGGCGACCAGCAGCACCUGCCCGUGCCCGCGUACGCGUACGCGUAUUGCACUGCGGCGGUGCUCUGCACCGCGGCCCGCUGCGAUCACCUCGACUGCCGCGGCAACCCCUUCCUCGUGGUCUUCGUGGGCACCGGCGACAGGGACGGCGUCACGUGGGCGAGCUCGUUCUUGUCGGAGACUGGUGCAUGGAGCACCCCGACUACCGUUGAUCUCAGCGCCUCCACCACCGUUGAUGUCGAUUCCUUCAUCGAUACGAGGCCCAGUAUCCUUAACGGAGACGCACUCUACUUCACCCUUGAGCGAGGCAAGAGCAUCCUCAAGUACGACUUGGGCGAGCGGGACCUCUCGGUGAUCGACGCGCCGGUGUGCGAGCAGACUGGUAUCAUCAUGACUGCCGAGGACGGUGGGUUGGGAUUCGCCGGCACUGAGGGCAACAGCCUCCACCUGUGGUCGUGGCUGGCCGGUGAUGACAGUGUUGUGGGAUGGGUGUUGUGCAGGGUCAUCAAGCUUGAGACACUACUCCCAAUUCACAACCCAUAUGUUCCGCCUCAAGCGAUUGGCUUCGCCGAGGGCACAGAUACCAUUUUCUUGGACACAGAUGUUGCAGUCUUCACACUCGAGCUCAAGUCAGGGAAGACGAGGGUAUGGGAAACUGGUGGCUACUACUCCUUCGACUUCGUCGUCAUACCCUUCAUGAGCUUUUGUACUCCAGAUCUUGCUAUGGGCAGAUUGCUGCUGCCAUGAAGAUGCAGUGAUCCAUCCAUCAACAUGAUCCUGAUAUUGAGUACACAAGGAUGCUCAUAUGGCGAAUACACGGAAGAACUUGAAACAAAUCUGGGAGUCAAAUCUGGAACCGAACACUGAUAAGCUGUCGUCAUAGUUACCAGGGUGUAGCAGUCGUCGUUUCGGUGGACCAUGACGAGACGGCCGUUGAGCGCGGCCACGUGGAGCUGGUGGUCCGACGCAUGGGCGGCGAUGAAGGCUACGGCGGAGAGGAGGGAACGCCACGUCCGGCAGACGGCAGAGCGGCUUGACAGGGAGGCGCAGCGCAGCAGGAUUUCACGCAUCACGUCGGAGGGGAGGUCGCGGCGGCUGGCCUGUGAUCCGGCGCCACGGAGAUCGGCGUUAGCGACGCCAUUGUCGAGGGCAAGUCUUGGAGCGCCGUCUUUGGGCCAGAGAUGCCGACACCCGAUUGGUCCGGCGUGGUCAUUGUUUGUGAUGUUAUUCUUGCCGAAAAAUCCGCGUGAGGUGGAAUGAGAGAACAAUUUAUAUAUAUGUACACGUGUCAACAUAAUUGUAUA